GGCAGCUGCCGGCGCCCCGCGCGCUAGCGCCCGCCCGCUCCCGGCCCUGGAGCGCCGCCUUCCCCGCUCCUGACUCCUGCGGGGCAGCGCUCCCGGAUGAGCUAAGAAGAGCCAGUGAGAUUAAAGUAGACUGUGAGCCUUUGGCGGACUUCUCACAAGAACAGGAACUUGAGGAGGCAGAGUGGUGAUGAAAACCGAUCAUUUGAUCUAUCACAAUAUGUUCACUAAAUAUCGAUUGAGUGUCCACUGAUGCAUGGCACUGGAAAACCAUUCCAAAAAGAUAGAGCCAUUAACAAAAAGGGGCCUUACCUGUUCAAUACGUAUGCUAAUUAAUGGUCACAGCUGCAGCCUGGACAUCUUCCUAAAGAAUGCAGAGGGACCUGGAACCUAACGGAGCUUCAGGGAAGGUAUCCAUUUUUGCAGCUAUAUUAAUCUUUUAAAACAAACAAAAUGGAUUCCUUAAACUCAUCUGAUCAAAACUUGACUUCAGAAGAACUAUUAAACAGAAUGCCGUCUAAAAUUCUGGUGUCCCUCACUCUCUCCGGGCUGGCACUGAUGACAACAACCAUCAACUCCCUUGUGAUUGCUGCAAUUAUUGUCACCCGGAAGCUGCACCACCCAGCCAACUAUUUAAUUUGCUCCCUUGCCGUCACAGAUUUUCUUGUAGCUGUCCUGGUGAUGCCUUUCAGUAUCGUGUACAUUGUGAGAGAGAGCUGGAUUAUGGGGCAGGUGGUCUGUGACAUCUGGCUGAGCGUUGACAUUACGUGCUGCACGUGCUCCAUCUUGCAUCUCUCUGCUAUAGCUCUGGAUCGGUAUCGGGCAAUCACAGAUGCUGUGGAGUACUCCAGGAAAAGGACUCCCAAGCAUGCUGGCAUUACGAUUACAAUAGUUUGGAUUAUAUCUAUUUUUAUCUCUAUGCCUCCUUUAUUCUGGAGGCACCAAGGAACUAGCCGCGAUGAUGAGUGCAUCAUCAAACACGACCACAUCGUCUCAACUAUUUACUCAACAUUCGGAGCUUUCUACAUCCCAUUAACAUUGAUUUUGAUCCUCUACUACAAAAUAUAUAAAGCAGCGAAAAUGUUAUACCACAAGAGACAAGCAAGUAGGAUUGCCAAGGAGGAGGUGAAUGGCCAAGUCCUUUUGGGGAGUAGUGAGAAAAGCACCAGACUAGUCUCCACACCCUACAUGCUAGAAAAAUCUUUAUCUGAUCCAUCAACAGACUUUGAUAAAAUUCACAGCACAGUGAAAAGCUCCAGGUCUGAUUUCAAGCAUGAGAAAUCUUGGAGAAGGCAAAAGAUCUCAGGCACAAGAGAACGCAAAGCAGCCACUACGCUGGGGUUAAUCUUGGGUGCAUUUGUAAUAUGUUGGCUUCCUUUCUUUGUAAAAGAAUUGGUUGUGAAUGUCUGUGAAAAGUGUAAAAUUUCUGAAGAAAUGUCAAAUUUUUUGACAUGGCUUGGAUAUCUCAACUCCCUUAUAAAUCCACUGAUUUAUACAAUCUUUAAUGAAGACUUCAAGAAAGCCUUCCAAAAACUUGUACGAUGUCGAUGUUAGUUUAAAGAAAGUUUAUCAUUAGAAGGUUGCGGAUUUCUUGAGGUGAAGUAACUAAAUGAAUGAUGAAUAACAAAACAGUUAAACUUUUAGAGGAAAUACAUUAAAACUGCUAAACUUGUAAGAAUAUAAUUUAUAUUUUAAUAGCAA